AUGGAUAUAACAAACUUUAAUAAAGACAUAUUUGAGGUGCCCGAAAAUACAAACUAUAUGGAAGACAUAGUUCAGACUCCAAUGAAUACAUGUGACGAAAACGAUGCUAGUUUGCUAACUCAACCGUCACGAACCAAGAAUUAUUUGGCUAGAAAGACUGCUGGUGUACAAAAACGUAAAAAUAAUAACACGUUUGUACCGACAGUACCAAAACCUUUCAAAUUUCAUACUGCCUCGCGUGUAAAUAUUUCUCGUAAUGAAGACAGUCCUCAAAGAACACCAUUUAUUCCUCUAGCAAUCAAGGUAAAACAAUUCAUGGAAAACACCCCCAAGCUUGAUUAUGGUAAAGCGGUUUCAAAGCAUAAUAAUGUGCGUUCAAACGAAUUAACUGUGCCAAGGUCCCCAUUAUUGCGUACUAAAUAUAGAACCAAAAAUGCUACAACAUUACCUACAGAAGAACGUGUAGUAAGGGAAAUACAAAAUUAUAGAUUUAAAGCGAAUCCGGUCGAUCGAAAGAUCUUUGAAAGAGAUGUUUUAAGAGUUCCCCAAGUUCAGAAACUCAAGUUAACUGAACCACAUUCGCCAUUUAUAACAAAACCUAAACCACCAAGAUCAAGGAGUCCAUCCCCACCGCAUUUGAUUAAAGCUAAUCCCGUACCUGACCAUAAAGAUCCAUUUAGACCGAUGUUUGAACAUCGAUUUAUCAAUGUGUCUGAUUUCAGGUUACCCGGUGAAGAAAUUUCCAAAAGGAAAUCACAAGAAAUAGAAGAAAGAAUUCGACUAGAAAGAGAGGAAUUUGAAAGGAUGCGUGAAUUUAGAGCUCGACCACUUCCUACUAAUUCCCCAGAUUGUCUGCCCCCACGUCACCAUUAUACACCAACUUAUCCAAAACCAUUUACAUUGUUAACUGAAUGUCGUGGAGAAAGAUAUCAAAUGGAAUUUAAUGAAAAAUUGAGAGAAGAAGAGCGUGAACGCGAAAACGACUUACAAUUCCAUGCUCAACCUGUUCCUAGUUUUGAACCUGAAAUUCUUAAAAGACCUGAAUGUCCUCCGCCAACAGAGGCAAUCGGCUUUUUCUUUCAGACUGAUAUCCGUAUGGAAGAACGUCAUCUUUUUGAUGAACAAAGGAGGUUGAGAGACAAGGAAGCUGAGGAGCAAAAGGAACAAAAACUUCGAGAGGAAGAGGCACGUCAAGCGGAAGAAAUUCGUCGUUUAAGAGUAGAAUUGGUUCAUCAUGCUCAACCUAUUCGAUAUUAUUCACCAAUAAUUAUACAACCAUCGAAUAAAAAGCCAACAAGGCCAGUUUCUCCAAUGAUUG